CGAUAAAAUUGGUGAAUCUUUUUACCACAAAUAGACAGGUUUGACAGGGCAAUUUAAUUUGAUGAAAAUGAAGUUAUUGGCAGCAUUAGUCCUUUUGAAUUUAUUUUCUGGUACGUUGGCAUCUAUUUGUUACUAUACCAGUUUUGGAGUCAGUUCUUCUAAAUAUUGUGCCUAUGGAUGUUGUGGGUCAACAUUUUCUACUGUGUGUUGUAACACUUAUAUAUCUGUCGGAGUUGUAGCUGGUAGUGUAAUUGGUGGUAUUUGUGCCCUGGCAGUAGUUAUAGCUAUAUUGAUUAUAAUAUGUAGAAGAAGGCGAGGAACCAUUGUCUACCAAUCACAUGGUUGUCAUGAUCCUCAUGUUACAACUGUACCUGGGACCACAGUUUAUAACAGUCCACCACCUUACAGGUAUUAAACAAGACCGUCUUCAGUUAUGGUUUACUUUGGUUUUAUUUGGAAAACAGAGGAGUGUGGUUCUAGUGAUGUUUUGACAAUCCAAAAUAAAGAGUUUUGUUAAAAUGUUAGGCCUACAUCCACCAAAGAUGACUAAUCACAUAUAAUUGCUUCGAUCCAUUUUUGGUUCGGUAGUUUUUGUGUUUUUUUUUUCAUGUUGAAAAUUCUCAAAAACUAGCGGCCAAAAAACGGUAGGAGAAACUCACACGAAAAUCUACACAGGUCUGGUCUAUGGAACGCCAUUAAUGCAGUCAGUUCACAGACUUUGAAUUAGUUUGCGAAUUUGUCAAGGGCAGUGGCUAUUUACCACUGGCGUGGUAAGCGUGAUAAAUAGUCAUAAGUACCCUUACAGCUAUAUAUAGCUCAGUGCUAUAUACCACGGCGUUGUUAAAUUAGGCCAAUGUCACCAUGUUAGUCUAUGGAGAAAAAAAAGGGGAUAUUUAAAUUUUACCACGUUUUUUUUUAUUUAGGGGAUUUCAUCCAAUUUUUUUUGUACUAUUUCAAAAAAUCACACUUUUUAGGUUUCAAAAAUAUAAAUAUUUAAUAUCGGUGACUGUGGUUUUCGGGCAUUUUGGACGCUAAAUUUCACAGUCCAAAACAUUUCUACAAUCGCUAUAUGAUGUGAACUAUAAGGAAUGCUUCAGCAAUUCGUUUACAUAUACAUUUUCAAGCUAUACUUUUGACAGACUUUUAUUGAAAUUUUAAAUUUCAAGCUAUAAUACUGUAUAUUCCUGGU